AAUAUCGACUAGAUUAGCACACACUGGCGUUUGUUUAAUGUCAUGUCAGUGGUUACUAAUCUUUUCAUCAUUGUGCACGUUGAGUGUGCUGUUCAGCGAAUAUUACCCUGCGCGUAUAGUGGAUUUAAGUGAUUCAAAAAGUUUGUCUUUACUGCUUAACUACUCACACAUCGAAGGAACAUUAGUCCUACAGAAUUUUGAUGAUAUCUGCUGCCUUAGAAACCAUUGUAGUCUGUCAAGUUUGGUCGAAAUCACUGGUCGCCUGAUUAUUGAACAUGGCAAUUGCUCUGAAGACCUAUCUACUUUGCUACCAAAUCUAACCGUUAUACGAAAUCCAAGUAGUGUACCUUCGAAACCCAAACAAGGGAUUCACCAAAUAUCAGAUUACAGUUUGAUAAUCAGGCAUACGAAGUUGAAAGGCUUAGGUUUACACAAGCUGAAAACUUUAAAAUCUAAACGCAUUGCACUCAUCGAUAACCCUCUUAUGUGUUUUGUGGAUACUGUGGACUGGGAUGUCUUAACUAUCAGUUCAACCUCUGAACUCACGAGCUUAUAUUAUCCUGAUGGAGAAUACUUUAUGCAGUAUCAUAUACGUGACUUCUGCCCUGAUCAGUGUCCAACAAACUGCUCAGCUUCUUAUGGAAAGGAUUCAUUAUGGUCCUCUUGUUGGUCGAAAAACGUCUGUCAAGCUAAAUGUAGCUACAUCUGCACAAAUAAUGGACUAACAUGCCAUCUAGAUGAUCCACAAAAAUGUUGUGAUUCAGAGUGUUGUGGUGGCUGUUUUGGUUCAUCACCCAACAAUUGUUUGAGCUGUAAACAUGUCAAACUGAAUGAAACUUGCCUAAGUCGUUGCCCCGCAUCAUAUUAUUUGUUGAAUAAUAUUUAUUGUAUAACACGUGAUGAAUGCUUAAAUCGUCAGGAAGUGGUGAAAAGUGGAAAUGAUCAUUACUUCGUUAAUUAUUCUAUAUUUAAUUCAAAUUGUGUAUCCAAAUGCCCAUUAGGAUAUGCACGUUCGGCAUCUGGAGAAUGUUUAUAUUGUCCUGAAUCAAAAUGUAUUAAACGAUCUUGUGGUGACAUACACGUGUAUAAAGUUUCAGAUCUCAUACAAGUUCAAGGAUGCGUUACAGCUCAGUCAAUUUUGAUCAGCCUGCGUGAUUGUGAAGAUACACAUACUUCAGAAUUUAUCAAUGCAUUUUCGGAUCUUGAAGAAAUCUAUACAAGUCUGCAUGUAGUUAGUUCUGAUUCUUUACAAUCAUUGACAUUUCUACGAUCGUUACGUGUUAUACAUGGAUUACAACGGGAUGGAAAUCUUCCCAAUAGUCCAACAACAACUGUGCUAGAAAUUGCUUGGAAUAGUCAACUGAAACGUUUAUGGGUCCCAAUAUCUUCACGUUUAACAAUUGGACAUGGAAGAGUAGUGUUUACUCUAAAUCGUAAUUUAUGUCCAGCUGCAGUUCAACAAUUCAUUCAUGUUAAUGUUAACUUGUCACGCAAUUUAUCAGCUUUAGAAUCUGAUCUAAUAGAGAAAUCCAAUGGAGCCGUUGGAUUAUGUCAAAUACAUCAGCUGAAUUUGUCAAUCGACCACGUUUAUCAGCGUUCGAUAUCAUUCGUCAUCAUUAAUAAUAGUACACCUCUUUGGAAUGAUUUUCGUCAACUUCUACCUGUAACUGCCUAUUAUAGGUACUUAGAGAUUGAUGAACCAGAAUCAGAUGAAGAAGCAGUUUGUGAUAAGUCAUGGCAUAUAUAUGAACCUAAAUGUGAAAAAGUUCUUCAAAGUGAACCAAUAUUUAAUUUAUUUCAUGGAACAAAACGUGGUACGUUAAAAUUUCAAUGUGAAAUAAAUUAUUUGAAGCCAGCACAACGCUAUCAAGCCUAUGUGGAAAUACGUACAAUGUCCAAGUCUGAGGGAGCAGUCAGUCAAGUAAUCACUUUCCAAACAAAGCAAGAUAAGCCAAGUAGACCAGUCGAUCUUCAUGCCUAUACAUUGAGUUCAAAUAAAAUACAAUUACACUGGAAUAGACCAGAUAAUCCAAACGGAGAAAUAGUCAGUUAUCAUGUUUGGUACAAACGUUUAUUAUUCAAUAUUUCGUCAUUUUUUGAGGGUGAUACUUCUUGUACAAAUGGUUAUUCAUCUUCACAAUUAUUUGGAUUUUCGUCGUCUCAUUCAGGCAUCAGUAAUGAUGGUGAUUACCUGUUGGAAAAUUUAAAUUCAAGCAUAAAUAUCUCAAAAGGUGUGAGAAAGUUAUGUUCUUGUACCAGUUGUGCUGCGGUGUGUUAUAAUCCAUUAGUUCAUUUGACAAAGAUUGAUAAUAACGAAAAUGACAAUUCGAAUGGUAAUACAAUGAACAUAGUAAAUUCAUUUGAAAGUUCAACUGAGAUUAAAGCUACUAGUGAGUUUCAUAAUGUGGAUCAUGAGAAGAAAGCAAGAGCAGAACGUCUUGAUAUGAUUCGUUUCGAAGAUUCUUUACUAAAUUUAUUAUUGUUUUCUAGAAUGAAACCAUUUGUUGGCAUCCGAGACAGGAGAGAUGUUAAAAGUGAGCUUAUUAAUUCCGUGUCUUCAAAAACGAUUGUAAGUAAUCCACUUCGUCAAAAUAAAUGGGAUGGUCAUUUAUUAAUAACAGCCAAUUCAACGACUUUGAAUAAUGCUACUUUAUCCCAAAAAUCUGUCACGGCUAUUGUUCCUAACUUACAUCAUUUUACCCAGUAUAUGUUUGUCAUUUCUGCAUGUCAUUCUCCACAUGAUUUUAAUGGUGAUCCUAUAACUAAUCUAACGUAUUUUGAUGCAAAUGAUGAUAAUUUUGUUGCGACGACGCCGUGGUGUAGCACACAAGGUAGUAUCUGGCAACGUACAAAAGCAUCCAUAGGUGCAGAUGAUAUUGAUCCAAAUUCUGUUGAGUUAAUCAAUGAAAAUGUUGAUACGAAUAAUUGUCUGCUGCCUGAAUUGCCGUUGUCAUCGUCAAAAGAAGAACAAUUAAGCCAAUGUGAUGAAAAGUUAACUAGUAGUGUAGUCAAUAAUUUACGGUUAAACAAUUUUUCGAAAACAGUAAUAACCAGGUUAAAAUGGCAGCCUCCGUUGGAACCGAAUGGUUUGAUACUGCAUUAUGUGAUUCGUUACAGACGUACAAAGAGUGAAAGCAAACACGGAAAACAAUCAUCGGGUUCAUUUAAUGAUGAAAGAACUUGGUUUUUAAUGUGUAUAACAGCAGAAAGUCUACCUGCAUUGGAAUAUACGAGUUCCGAAUCAAUCAUCAAUAAUUCUACAGUGAAUCAUCCUUUUUCUAUACAGUUGUAUGAUCUACAUCCAGGCAUCUAUGAAUUUCAAAUUAUGAGCGUCUCUCUAGCAGGAAAUGGUUCAUGGACGCUUGUUAAACACUUUACAGUCCCAGAUACUCGUACACAUUCUAUUUGGGAUUUCUUGGAAGGUAUUUCUUCUUAAUGAAUUGUGUGUUGAUAAAGUUUCGUUGAUGGCUUAACACGAAAAAAGUUACAUCUUAUAACCGAAUAAUAACUUACAUUUCAGAAAAGGGAAGUCUUCACUAUUUUUGGCUUUAGAGUUUGCAUGGAUUUUUUGUUAAAAUAACGUCGAUGAUGUUAAAUAUACGCCUUCGAUUGAAUUUGGUAGGAAUAUAUGAAGUGUGCAAGCAGGACAUACUAUCUGACGAAUUUCAGUAUCGUUUGUUUGGAACUGGAACUGAGUCAUCUAUGCAUGUGGAGCUAUGGCUCAUUGGUUUAGGGAGAUGACUUGCAACCGAUAAGUCACUGGUUCUAGCCUCGCUCUGCCAUCUGGGGUUUAGGCAACUGAGUAGUAUAACUAGCCCUCACACAGUAGGUGUGGGGCUCAUUACCUAUUGCACGCACGAAUGUGCUCAAGGUUGCUGAUUGCAUUUCGAUUCGAUUUGUUUAGGUAUUUAACUAUCAAAUCAUGGUGACCGCUUCGAGUUAAUUUUACUUACUUCGAAAUGCAUCAUCAUGUGCAUAAGUCAUUACAUGCUAGGUGUUCUCUGUAGCUGAGUGUAUAUAUAGUUGGUGGGUCGCAUCGCUAGUACUAUUAUUGAGGUCGUUCAAGUUGUCUAAUAACUUACUAUAUGUGUUUGUGUGUAUAUGGGAGGGGGAUUUCAGAAAUUUAGUAGGCAAUUAAGAUGUAACUGUAGUAAAGCGUUAGCUUACUCGGUCCCAAAUAUCUAAUACAACACAUUGGUAUGACAAUUUAUCAUACAAUCUAAGAAGAAGAAACAGUUUUCUCAAUAACCAAACUUCCUAUUAGAUCUGUUCCAAUCUGAUUAUUAAUUCAUGAAGCUUGUCAUGGAAUUUCAUCCACUAGACAUAAAUUUCUACUUUUUCUAUAGUUAGAAUAUUAGUCAAAAUCCUCAAGAGUCUGAUAGUUGAAAUUACUGCACUUUUUCACUGACCACCUACAAGUGUUUUAAAUCAAUAGUAUGAUUUAACUCAGGGGAAGAUUAAAACAGUAUCAUUUAGGCACUGCAAUAGUGAUAUUCCAGCUGGAUGAAAUUAUGAGAAUUGUAAAUCACAAGAACUCAAGAACAAUAAGUCUAAGUUUGGAGAAAGUUGAAAAAUACUGAAUCUUUUAGCGCUGUGAGAGAGGCCCAACAGUCUUACGUUAAAUCAUGCAGAUUUUUAAGGGUAUGUAUUUCUUAUAACUGUCUUCCCAGCCAAAAUUACGAAAUCUGGUUGGUUUUCUCAGCAGUUUAUUAGAAUGGCCUUUAAAGUCACUCAUGGUUCUCAAUGUCCUUGCAUAUUUGCUAUGAGUCAUGCAAAUAUGCAACUAAAUUCUAAGCCUUCAUCUGACCAUGAGUCAUAGAAAUGAAACAGUUAAUUUCAUGCAUUGGAAGUUGAAUGAAGCACAACAUCAGCCAUACAGAAUUGAGUAACGGGUCAAUAAAGUGCUCUUGAAUACAAUAAGAACAGUGUUGGCAAAAUUAGCUUUCAUGUAUCUCUUAGAUUCUCUUCAGCUUCUGUACAACCUAUGGAAUAUUAUUUUUAUAAUAGAAAAACAAGAUAUGCAACUUACUUUCGGAAAUUGACAAAGGUGUUUUAGUCAAGAUGGAACAUAACAAAGACGUAGACUGGCCGAAAUUGGUCCAAUUUAAUGUUGUCAAGGUUAAUCAAAGGUUAACUAUUUAUACAAUGGUCAAAUGAGCAUUAUGGAGAAGAUAGAAGAAAAAGCGGUAGGAGUUGCAUAAAGUGUCACUCUAGAAUUGGUAAAAAAUAACAUCACGAUUAAGUGAACAUAAUUAAAGGUCAACAAACUUUCACUACAUUGAGUCAUAUAAUGAACACAACCCAGAAAGUGAGAGUAACAUUCGAAAUAGGUUAGAGACAACAAUCAAAAAACAGAUGUUUAUGUAGUCACAAAGUUUUAUAUUUGCAAAUUUAUGAGGUUUACAGUACCAGGGUAAAGCAGGAUCGACAACACUCUGUUUUUGAAAAUAUAGGUUAGAUUUGAGUCUUUUAAUUGUAACUGUUUCAGCAAAGCAUAGAAAGUUGGGUCUCAGUUGCUUGUGGAUUACUUUGGACGACUUCGUUAUGUCGACACUGUUCAGUGUCAAGUGAAUGUCGAGUGAUUUCGCUUCUCAAACUCCGUGCACAUUAGCAUAUUAGAUUCGUUUAUUCGAUAUACCACACAGUUAUUUACUUGAUGACAUUUCCAGCAUAAGCUAUUGCUUAUAAUCAUAUCAAUGUGAUGUGUUUAUAAGCAAUAAUCCAUGCUCGUAACGUCACGAAGUAAAUACUACCGUAUAACUGUGUGCUAUGUAUCAAAUAAACAAGUCCAGAAUUGCAUUCUACCACAGUGCCUAAGUUUUACACUUUUAUUAAUGAAACUCGUGAACCUGUAUUAUUCGAAUUCUUAAGGAUAUGUUCAGAAAUGCGAACCAGAAUCUUCUCUUUUCUUCCAACGUAUAUGCUUCGGUACGUUCAUGUGAAUCGGUAGAUACAGCUGUAAGUAACAAGAGUUGAAAGCUUGUCCAAUUUGUAUUGUUUUAAUGAGUAGUUAUUCCAGUAAACACAAUAUUCUGGCGACUGAAUAGGUCUUUCUCAUCGCAUCACUAACUCGGUGAUUGGACCCUUUUUGGCAAUAGCAUCCCCUUUGAUAGAUAGCAAGCUGUUGAAAUACGUCAUUCUUAACUGUCGAAUGUCUGCUAAAAUUAAUAAAAUAAUACACCUGGUCAUACCUGAGAUUCAUAUUUCCUUUCUUUCGAACGACAUAACAAUCCUGUUGAGGAAGUAUUGUGUUUAUAAUAAUUCUAGAUUGAGUUUACUUUUAUGUAUGUAGUUACAAUUGUGUUAUCAUGAAACAAAUGUACACCAAUAUUUAUGUUACCAAUGGACAUGAUGAGUUGAAAUAUUUCGAUAUAGUACUAUAUAAUCAAGUUUAUACAAACUAUAUUAACUAUUGAAGCUGUCAAAUAGAAUCUCACUAUUCUAAAUACGCGUUUAUUCUUUGAUUAAACAAUAUGGUUAUAUAACUGUGUAGAGCCUAAGAAAGAAUUUAUUAAGGUAAGAAUAUUCGUUGUUCAUCAAAUUGUCUUUUGAAUUAUGAGAAUUUUCAAAGGAUAGGAAAUAGAAAAGUGUUUUUUUUAAAUCACUUUGACCAUCUAAGAUCGCCAUAGUUUGGUAUACUUGUGUUGAUGAUUUAAUGGUGAUUUAAGGUGAAAUGAAAAUUUGGACUGCGAAAGGUUUGGAACCAGUGACCACCGGGUUUCCAGCUCGGUGCUCUAUCAACUGAGCUACAAGAGUCGCCUGCUGGCCAAAUUUUAAUUUCAUUCUAAU